AUGCAGCAGGGCAUCGUAGCCGUCGUUUUGUCAAACGAGGAAAGCGAGCAAGACGCCCAGCUCAUCAAGUCCAUGUGCCAUUUCUUCAACGUGAGUCCCUCGAUCCCACUGCUUCCGAACUGCCCUCCCUUCAGAUCCCGUGUCUUUCCCUCCAAUCCACUUCUCUCCGUGACUCUGUCUCCGAUUUCGUCACCUUUCUCGGACCUUCUCGUGGCGCCGGAGCCCGUGCAACCAGCGAGUUCCUCGAUUCAAUGAGAUGGACGGGAUUUCUGUUGGCUUACCAGCACGGAACGGACCUGGAAGACCUCUCUCCGUUGAUGCAGUACAAAGAGAUCGCGGAGACGGGCGGCCGGAGGAUCCACAUAAAAGUACGGAGACUUCCCAAUAACACGGAUGACUAUGAGCCGUUUUUGAAGUAUGUGAAGACGAGGUUGAAGCAGACGAAUAUCGUGAGUCUUUGAGAAACCAAAUUGAAGAAAAAACAAGUUGAGUUAAUUUGCAGAUCAUUCACUCGAAUAACAUCACAGUUCUCUACAAUCUGCUCCAGCAAGCGAGAGGCCUGAAUAUGGCAGAACCACCGUUCUCGUACGUCUUCACAAAUACUGUAAGAACAGCUGAAAAAGUUAAGCCAAGAAAGAGUACGAAAGCAUGUUCAGGAUCUGUCCCUGCUCGAAGACUUUCUCAACAAUAUGUACGGCGCGUCGUUCCAUUGCAACAUCACUGGAUUGCAGUUGGUGAAAAACGAUCCGAUGAUGAAGGUUCGCUUCUUUUCUCCAGAUGACUGCUCAAGCAUUCCCAUUCAGACGCAACUUGCUCUCACUUCUGAAGCCGUCUAUGUCGUCGGAAUGGCAAUCUAUCGAAUGAGAGAAGUCCGUUUCCCCCUUCCUUUCAAUCAAAUCCCUUCAUUUCCAGCUCGGCCACGCACCCCGACAGUCUUCUGUGAUGUGUGAUUCGCAUGACAUUUGGUCGGACGGCCGUAUAAUGAACGACGGCAUUCGGAAGGUGAUUCUCGAAUGAAACCGACGCGAUUCGCUUGUUUCGUGUCCUUCAAGUCUCCUUUAAAUCCGCAAACAACUGGGCAUUCAAACCGUCGUCGUUUCUUUUCCUGUUGAUCCUUCAAACGUGUCUUUUUCUUCUCUUUUCUUUUCAAAAAGAAAGAAGAGGUUCUUUAGAGGAUUACUGUAGUUGUAAAGAAGACGAUACGGUUGGUUUGCCGGCGAAAGAAUCGGUUCAAUUGAGUGCGCUUUGCGUGAUCUUUCGGAACGCAAAUGACACAUUUCCCUGACUGGAUAUUCUGGAUUCGUUGCCUCCGACCAUCCAGAAUAUGUCCUGCUCGGGUCACUCCGAUUACUCAUAGUCGGAAUCCAGUCACCAUACCAAUUACAACAUUGCAAAAUCUGUGUGGAACAACUUUUCAAUUCAGUUAAAACUUCGCAAUCAACUGACGGGCGACGUCCAAUUCAAGGAAAACGGAGAGCGCGACGACAUCAUGUACCACGGCGUCGGAAGAAUUAACUCGCAGUUCGUGAAGGUAAGAGAGAGGAACCGGUUCGAAUGAAAUCGGUGAUUUCGAGUCUGGAACUGAAGUGAUUUGA